AUGCCAUACUUCGCUGAUGAAGUCAGAAUAAAGCAGAACAGCCCAAUCCGACGUAGCAGCACAACCCGACGUAGCAGCACAACCCGACGUAGCAGCACAAUCCUACGUAGCAGCCCGACCCGACGUAGUAGCCCAACCCGACGUAGCAGCCCAACACUACGUAGUAGCCCGACCCGACGUAGUAGCCCAACCCGACGUAGCAGCACAACCCGACGUAGCAGCCUAGCCCGACGUAACAGCCCAAUCCGACGUAACAGCCCAAUCCGACGUAACAGCCCAACCCGACGUAGCAGCCCAACCCUACGUAACAGCCCAACCCUACGUAGCAGCCCAAUCCGACGUAGCAGCCCAAUCCGACGUAACAGCCCAAUCCGACGUAACAGCCCAACCCGACGUAGCAGCACAACCCUACGUAACAGCCCAAUCCGACGUAGCAGCCCAAUCCGACGUAGCAGCCCAACACGACGUAGCAGCCCAACACGACGUAGCAGCCCAACACGACGUAGAAGCCCAACACGACGUAGCAGUUCAUUCAUUUAG